AUGGCAGACGCCCCUCACGAGCCCCGCGAAGCCACCGACAGCUCCACACCCGAGGCGGCCGACGACUUCGAGUUCCGCGUCCUGUCCACCGGCGGCCUUGUCUCGGCCGGCGCGGCCGCGGCCGACGACAUGUGCGUGGCCGACGAGCUCUUCUCCCACGGCAAGCUCCUCCCGCUCCGCCCCUCGUCAACCGCCUCCGCCGACGCCCCCACCGUUGUCCUGCUUCCGCGGUCCGAGUCCGUCGCGUCCACCGCGGGCUUCGGCUCGCGCUCCGACUGCCGGAGCGCGAGUUCCAGCGGCAGCAGCAGCGGCUGCGUCAGCCGCAGCCACUCGUCCAAGAGCGCCUCCUCCGACCACGCCGCCGCGCCGCCGCGGAGGUCCCUGUCGAGCAGCCUGUUCUACGCGCACCCGAGCCCGUCGCCGCAGCUGCGCUCGCGGCCGCGCCGGAGCACGGGGUCGGCCCCGCCGCCCGCCGGGUGGGGCAUCAUACGCCUCGGCGUCGUCGGCGCCCCGGACGUGUACCCGCCGCGCUGCGCCGAUGGGGCCAAGAUCACCGCCGCGUCGAGAGGCGGCAGCGGCAGGAGCGCUAGGUUCGAGCAGGCCGCCAGCGCCAUUGAGAGGAGCUUCAGGAAACAUGGCGCGGGGCUGUUCGGUGACGGCUUCGGAUGCAAGUGCUCGCCGGACGUCGUCGAGUCCGUCAAGCUGCCUCCGGCAUCGAGGAAAAGCGGACUCGCGGAUGGGAACGUCAAGAGAGGCCGCGGCGGGCGUCGCAUCAGGAUCCUGGACUGGCUCGAAGAGCUGUCCAUCACCAAGGCGAGGAAGUAA